UGCAAGUACAACAGUUCUCUGUGGUGCCCCCAUUCAUUUCCUGAGAGCUGCAUUAGAGCCGCUGAAGGGAGACUGGUGUGUGUGUGUGUGUGUGCGCGUGUGUGCGUGCGUGUGCAUGGCUGCGUGUGACACGGUGUGUGUGCGUGCCAGGGACUGAGAGAGAGGGGAGACUGUGUAAAGGCAAAGAGAACAAAUCUCUCCUGCUCUGCAGCUUCUGGUCAGGCUUGAAGUGCAUCUAGGAACGGAUGGAUGAUUGAGUAUUCAUAUGAAGAGGAAAGCCAUAAAAGACAUCAGCGCCUUUGAAAACAGAAUGCUUAUGCUUGAUGGGAUGCCGUCUGUCAGAGUCAAAACAGAACUGUUGGAAUCUGAACAAGGGUCUCCAAUUGCCCACAGCUACCCAGACAUGGAAACUGGACCCUUGUUGCUAAACAACAUGAAGGCUGAUACCCCAGAGGAUUCAUUAUGUACAGACGAUUUCCAAACACAAACUGAGCCAGUGGACUUAUCAAUAAACAAAGCCAGGUCAUCCCCUACAGCAGCUUCAUCUUCACCAGUUUCCAUGACAGCAUCAGCUUCCUCUCCUUCUUCUACUUCAACUUCAUCUAGUCGGCCAGCUUCAUCCCCUACAGUAAUAACAUCAGUAUCUUCAGCGGCAUCUGUACCAUCAGUAUUAACUUCAGGUCCUCUCGUGGCCCCUGCAUCUAGUGUUAGUAGCCAGCAGUUUUUGCACAUAAUCCAUCCAGUACCACCCUCAAGCCCCAUGAACUUACAGUCCAACAAAAUGAGUCAUGUGCACCGUAUUCCAGUUGUGGUGCAGUCGGUACCUGUUGUCUACACAGCUGUGAGAUCACCUGGGAAUAUGAACAAUACCAUAGUAGUACCACUGUUGGAGGAUGGGAGAAGUCAUGUCAAAGCUGGUACACUGGCAGACUUGGUGGGGAAAGAAGCUGAUUUGAAUAGAGAAACUGGCUGGGGAGAAGGAGAGAAAAAAGAAAUACAAGAAGCACAAAUGGACCCCCGAGGCCUAUCUCCCGGACACAUUAAAAGUGACAGUGAUGAUGAUGACCUGCCAAAUGUGACCUUAGAUAGCGUUAAUGAAACUGGAUCUACGGCUCUCUCUAUAGCCAGAGCUGUACAAGAAGAGAGCAUGUGGGGCUGUGCCAGGUCAACUUUUAACCCUUUGCGUUUUUUCAACUCCAGUCCAAUUUCACAAUUCAGUAUUGAGAGCACAAGACGCCAGAGAAGAUCUGAAUCCCCAGACUCCAGGAAACGGCGCAUCCACAGAUGUGAUUUUGAAGGAUGCAACAAAGUGUACACAAAAAGUUCUCAUCUGAAGGCUCACCGAAGGACACACACAGGUGAAAAACCAUACAAAUGUACCUGGGAAGGUUGCACCUGGAAGUUUGCUCGCUCAGAUGAACUGACGAGGCAUUACCGCAAACACACAGGAGUGAAGCCAUUCAAGUGUGCAGACUGUGACCGCAGCUUUUCCCGAUCAGAUCACUUGGCGCUACAUCGCCGGAGGCACAUGCUGGUUUGAGAAGUGCUACUUGUCAACAGAAUAUAAGAGCUGGGUCUCUUAACUACAAUGAAUUCAGCAGGGCUGAAUCCCCUUCUACAGUGUUACAAAGGGCAUUCCAAGAUGUCCAGAAUAAUUCAAAAAAAAAAAAGCAGGAAAAGAAGUGCCACUCUUCUCCUUUCCAUCUGAAAUUAAAACCCAUUCCCAUCCCCAGCAUGGCUACCCACCUACCUCCCCCACAAAUGUCAUCACAGUAUCCUGGGAGAUAGCAAGCUAAAUGCUGCAAGAAUGGGCAUUAUUUUCCAUGCGGUGUCCUUGAAUAAUGUUUAUAGCCUGUACAUUUUCUCAGCUGUUGGACAUUUUAUCCUUGAGAAUUACUGCUGGUUUGAAGAUCAGAUACCACAAACCGAUGAUGAGAGCAAGACUUCAUUAUUAUGCCAUCCUUUCCCCCUUUUUUGAGUACUGCCUAAUCCGUAUAGAAAAUACACCUCAUCUCUGCUACAGAACAGCAGCUUGAGAGUAGACAAGAAGAUUGUGUUGGAGAGGUUCCACUGUCUGAAGUGAAGGGGCACUUAAGCAGACUUUUGCAAUAAUGAUGGUGGCAUUUAAGUAUUUUACUACAGUUUGUCAUUAUGCCCGGAAAGACACCAAACAUUUCCUUUCCUUUCCUUUCCUUUCCUUUCCUUGUUUUUCUCUUUUUUUGUGGUCUGUAAAACAAAUGGGUGCAGCAGCAUUUCAGGUCAAGUACAAUAUAAGUAACUGUGCUCUACUAUAGACUUGUUUAGUACUAUUUUCUGGUUUGUAUAAAAAGAGCCUGCUUACCAUUUCUGUUUUCAAAGUGCAGUUUUCUGUCACAGGAAUCCACCUGUCCUAUAUCCUAGUGUUUUAUUAAGGAAUUAGUGAAACAAAUUUAUACAUGCUGGCACCGUGGCAUAACUGUCCACAAAAUACAAUUGAAUGUACAAAUGAAACAAAACAUAGAAGCAUUACAAUGGCAGAGAAAAGCAAUAAUGAAUAAAAUGGCUUUCAAGACAAUAA